CACAGUCCUGCAUAUCUUCCAAGUACCAAAGCAUGAUAUACAUACAUAGAUACAUUCAUAUCAUAGUGUAAUUCUCUGCUCUGAAGCGGAGCUAGGGUUUGGGGGUUACAAUCACAAAGAACUCUCCUCUCGCUCUUCCCUAAUCGAAGCUUAGUUGUGUAGUAGCAGAAUCUUGGCGGCUUUAUCAGCUUUGAAUAUAUCGGCUUCCUGUACCCAGGAGGAUAGUUGACAAUGGACGGGAAUGCUUCUAAUGAUGAAAGUUUCAACAUUGACUGGGAUACAGAUGAUGAAAGGGAAAUUGAGAAUUUGGUUCCAUGUUCGAGUUCAAGUUUCUCUGUACCUAAUGGAAAUGUCAAUGCUGGCAGUGGUGAGGGAUGUUCUUCUGCAGUUUCCGCAAAAGUCAGGCUGAUAUAUGACAUGAAGUUUCCUGAAGAUUUGGUCCUUAAAGCAAUUGAGCAACAUGGAGAAGAAGACCAAUUUGAAUCAAUACUAGAAACUGUUCUUUCACUACAAGCGCUUCAAAACUCUCCUGAGCAACAGCAAUGUAUCAAUUCUGGUCAGUGCUCUUCAGCAUACAAUGAUGACUUACUAAAUGUUCUUUCAGAUUCAGAUAGCUGGUGUGAGAGUGAAAUGAAUAACACUACAAAUACUUCAAUGGUGGAUGACAAAAGAUUAUUGGCCUUGACGAAAAUGGAUUUUUCGGUAGCAGAAGCUUCAAUAGCUAUAGACAGAUGUGGUCCUGAAGCCUCAAUUGAUGAGCUAACAGAUUUCAUAAUUGCUGCUCAAAUGGCAAGGGCUGAUGAAGCAUUUUUUAAGGAACCGCCUGAUGAAAACAAGUCAAAGCAUUCAGAACGAAAGAGGAAGUUGAAUGAAUUAGAAGUGUUGAAAAAGGAAAAAAAGGGGGCUCAAGCCAAUGAAACAAUCCGUUUUCCAAAACCAAUGGUAGGGUUUGGAGUCCCGACUGAAGAAGGGACUUUAGUUCUUCAGAGGAGCCUUCCAAUGGCGGCAACCGGGCCUCCAUAUUUUUACUAUGAGAAUGUAGCACAAGCUCCAAAAGGAGUUUGGGACACCAUUUCUAGCUUCUUAUAUGAUAUUCAGCCAGAGUUUGUUGACUCCAAAUUUUUCAGUGCUGCAGCAAGGAAAAGGGGUUAUAUACACAAUUUGCCAAUUGAUAAGAGAUUUUUGCUAAAACCACUUCCUCCAAAAACGAUACAUGAAGCUUUGCCUUUGACAAGGAGAUGGUGGCCUUCAUGGGAUACUAGGACUAAGUUGAAUUGCUUGCAGACAUGUACUGCUAGUGCUAAAUUAACUGAAAGAAUUCGCAAAGCACUUGAAGGCUAUGAGAAUGAUCCACCUCAGAAUGUGCAGAAGUUUGUCAUUGAUGAAUGUAAGAAGUGGAAUUUAGUGUGGGUGGGAAAGAACAAGGUCGCGCCUUUAGAAUGUGACGAGGUGGAAAUGUUGUUGGGUUUUCCUAAAAAUCACACAAGAGGAGGUGGUAUUAGUAGAACCGAUAGAUAUAAAUCUCUAGGCAACUCAUUUCAGGUAGACACUGUUGCCUAUCAUUUGUCUGUUCUGAAAGAUAGGUUUCCUGGUGGCAUCAAUCUUCUGUCACUAUUUUCUGGCAUUGGAGGUGCGGAAGUGGCCCUCCACCGCCUUGGAAUUCCUUUAAAGAAUGUCGUCUCUGUGGAGAUUUCAGAAGCCAACCAAAAUAUUGUUAGGAGUUGGUGGGAGCAAACAAACCAGAAAGGAAAUUUGAUUCACAUUGCUGAUGUACAGAAGCUGAAUGGUGAUAAGCUUGAAGAAUUUGUCGCUUCUUUUGGUGGCUUUGACUUGGUUGUAGGUGGUAGUCCCUGCAACAAUCUGGCUGGCAGCAACCGACAUCACAGGGAUGGACUUGAAGGAGAACAAUCUUCGCUAUUCUACGAAUAUGUCCGCAUCCUAGAUUUGGUUAAAGGCAUGAUUAGCUGACAAUUAUAGUAUUGUUUACCGAGAUUUUUUCUUUUGCUAGAUAAUUCUGUUUGGCCUACCUUAAAAGUAACUUAUAAGCAGAAAAUUGUAUGUAUUUUUCAAGUUAUAAGCUACUUAUUAUAUCAUUCUAGUAUUGCAGACUGCCUUGGCGGUGUUCAUUAUUACU